UCAGGCCGGGCUCUUCCGGGCAUGUGCACCGCUGUCAACUCCGAAAUGUAAACAGGAAAAUCUGUUGGGCGAAAAUCCGCACGUCUCUGAACAUUACAUUCGAAGACGCCGCGCUGACUUUAGCUCAUUAGCAGCUCGUAAGCAGCCCGAAGUUGCGGUGGAGGAGCCCGGAUGUCAGAGGUGGAGCAGGGGGCGAGGAGAUGGGUUCCGUCCGGUGGGCUUUCCGCUGCGGAUCGUGGACGCCGGGCAGGUCAGACUGGCUGUUCGCUGCUCGCUGCAUCCAGCGGGAGGAGAAAGAUCGGAUCGGGCAGUUUGUGUUCGCCAAGGAUGCAAAGUCAGCUAUGGCUGGACGGUUGUUGCUAAGGAGGCUUGUGUGUGAGAAGAUGGGGAUCCCAUGGUCAGAGAUCAGACUGGAGCGAUCUCCCAGAGGCAAACCUUACCUGGCAACACCUGGCAAGGUCAGUUCAGAGUCAGAUCUGGCCUGGAGUUUCAAUCUCUCCCACCAAGGGGACUACGCAGUGCUUGCUGCAGAGCAGGGGAGGCAGGUCGGGGUGGAUAUCAUGAAGACCGCCAUGCCAGGUUGCAGCUCUGUGCUGGAGUUUUUCCGCAUUAUGACUCGUCAGUUUACAGCGCACGAGUGGAGCGCCAUCCAAUCAGCCGGCUCGGAGCACCAGCAACUCGCCGCGUUCUACCGCCACUGGGCCCUGAAGGAGAGCUUCAUCAAAGCCAUCGGCACCGGUCUGGGCUUCAACCUGCAGAGGGUGGAGUUUCACCUGCCGUCUGAGCCGCUCACACAGGACCGGGUACUGCACCAGACCAAGAUGCAUCUAGAUGAGGAAGAAGAAGAGGACUGGGUGUUCGAAAAACUCUUUGAAACUGCAGCGAUGAGCUAUCACUGGCCACAUCGCCAACCUGCUGAGUGUUUACUGCUGCAUUUUGUUUUUUGUUGGUUCUCCAUCCUCUUCUUUGCACUUACCCCAAGCAUCGAUGCCGAUGGCCUGUUGGAGGAGAGUUUACUGGAUGCUGAUCAUCAUGUUGCUGUAGCACUCGGACCAGCAGACAACACAUGCCCUGCACCUCGUCCGCCUUCUCUUCUUCCGCCCACCACAUUUACCGUGCUGUCGUUCAGAGAGCUCAUCGACUCAGCCUCACCUCUAACAGACGAAGACCCCACCUACUGGGAUAGCUUCAAGAUGAAGGCUGAAGCUCCGCAGAGACAGAAGGAUACACACACGUCCACAUAGCCGCCCGUCUGAAGCCGACACUCAGCUGCCAUACAAACGCACACCUUUCAGAAGUGCCAAAGAAGAAAAACACUGACACUGAAGUUGCUUUGGUAUUCAACCCGAAUCCAGUCACGUCCUGUCAAGUUUAUUUGCCAAGCCAGAAUUUACAGGCUUGUCUCAAAGGACCUAAGAACUUAGACAGUAUCUGACACCAUCUAUCUUUAGAUUCUCAGUUCUGAUAAGUAUAAAAAAAGACAGGGGAUUCAACAAAAAUCACCAAACCAAUACACAGACACACAAUAUAUCCAACAUGUCAUUUUGUUUUCUUUCUACGCACUGAAUCAGAUUUAAGUCUCAUGAAACUAGAAACUGAUUGGCAACCACCAGGCAACAUCUGGUCACAUGACUGGUUGGUGAGAGGUUUCUGUCAGUUGUUGUGAAAUUGUGAAUAAAUCCUAAUUCUUACCUCAGCCUCCAGAAACACGCUGAGGAGGUUUGGAGUGGUUUUUAGCUUGGAUAUAUUUUUCCAUGUAA